UUUGGUUUAGUUUAAAGGUGAUGCUGUAACAUCUAAACUAAAACAGCUUUUAUAACCUCAGUUAGCAAACAAUGACGCCCGAAAAGUCGAUCAUGGAAAACCACAAGACAGUUUUCGUGCUGGACCACUCUCCUUUCUUCAACUACGGUUGCAACGAGCCGCACGAAUUCGAAUUUUCCAAAUCUCGUCCACAGCCGGGUAUUAUUCCGAUGGCGCCAAUUGACAAGUCCCUGUGGACUUCUUGCGUUGAAUCUGCCCUUGAGUACUGCAGAGUUGUGUGGGACAUCUACCCAAGUGGAAAAUUGAUUUCAUUCAUAAUUAGCGAUUACCAGGCUCACAGGCUGAGUAGUUGGAGUGUCACACAGCAGAAUUUGGCUCAUCUGCAUAACCAAUUAGCCUUGAUUGGAGCUCCUCAGCCCCCACCGACCAGGCCAGAUCACACUGCCUUCCACGGGUUGAAAAGUGCUGUGGAACUUCUCGCCCAGUGCUCUGAAAUGCAGCAUGAAAAGCGCACCUCGCUCACUGAAAACGCCUCCAAAGUGCAGAACAGAACCAGAGUACUGUGCAUGACUUCAGUCCGCGAUGAGCAGCAGCUCAGGUCAUACAUAGAGUACUUCAACACCAUGGUUAUCCACCAAAACAAGAUCGCCACAGGCUCUGACAACUUGAUUCCCAUUCAUCACUGUCAUCUAGUGCUGAUCAACGUUUGUCCCAAUGGCCAAUACUGCGAGAUCCGAGAUCAUCCACAAAAAGAUAUAAAUCCUGGCCUCACAGUUGAAACUAUCUCAGUUCAGGCUGGUUCGCUUUUGUCCAAUAGGCUCUCUAACUUGGUGUUAGCCCACUACAAUUUAGCAUCAACCACAGUAACUGGCAUUCCAAUGAAGGAAGAGCAGAAUGCAGGCUCUUCUGCAAAUUAUGACGUUGAAAUUUUCCACCCAGCGUCCUCUCAUCAAGCUAUUAUUGCUGGAACCUAUGAUACUUCCAUGAUCCGCACAAUCAAGGAAGGCGCCGAUUACGAGACUGUGACCCUAAAAUGGUGCACGCCAAGGGCUGCAGUUGAGCUGCAGCACUGCACCAUGAUGCAGAGGAUCACGCCAGUUGACAUCAACAGCCGGCCUUCCUUGUGUCUCACAAACUUCCUCCUCAGCGGCAGGUCGGUCAUGCUGGAAAUGCCGAGGAGGUCUGGUGGGAAGGUGAUGUCUCACUUGCUGGCAACGCAUGGCGGGGAGAUUUUCAUUCACACAUUGUCCACAACAAGGAGUGUCCUUGAAGAUCCUCCAUCCAUCAGCGAGGGAACUGGUGGUCGGGUCACGGACUACAGGAUCACAGAAUUCGGGUUGGUGAUGAAGGCAAACAAACUAAUGCCUCUGAAACGGCCAAAUAGCGAUUCCAUUGAAGAAUCACCCAUGUACCAAAUGAAGAAACGGUUGGAUAGAUUCACAAAGUACUGGCCCAUGACUAUUUCAAAAACUGUAAUCUUCAAUAUGAGAAAGAACUUGGACCCAUUAUUAACAUACAUUGCUGAAGAAGAGAUGACUGAGGAGCAAUUGAUGCAGUGUCAGCACGUGAUUUACAGUCUUGUCGGCUUGGAAUCAAAGCACGAGCCGCUCAGUGUAGCUCCAAUGGGACAGAAAGGGAAGGGACCGAAAAGGGAUGAGCUCUACAGCACAGUGUGGAAUGAGCUGGAAAAUUUUAUUAAGUUAAACUGCCACUCGGAGAACCACAGGAAGGUGCUGAACUGCUUACUUGAAUGCAGAAAUAAGCCUGACUUUUCAAAGGCCAAAAAUCGAGAGGACAAGGUGGAGCUGGACCAGGCGCUCAGAGAACUGGAACAAUUUGGAGGGUCAGACGAAGGAUACCAGCGUGCUAGUGUUAUCCGAGCAACAACAGAUUCUCCGAUGUCGCCACCUCUUCACUCUCAACACGCUCUUGGACCAUUCACCUCUCUCCUGGACAUCUGGGUGACUAAAGUCAAUGAAGAGCGAAGGAGAAAGAAACCAGACUUUUAUGGUCGAACCAUCACUCCAGAUGGCACGAUUGCUCGCCUGUAUCAAAACAUGAAGCAAGAUGGUGAAGAGGUUGAGAAGUAAUGUAUAUUUUGAUAUUAAAAGCAGUUGUGGUA